AUGAGUAAGCGGUUGUUUCUACGCAUAGUCGACGACUUGGAAGCCAACUACGAUUAUUUUAAACAAAAAGCGGAUGCGAGAGGGGCACUUGGAUUUACCGGUAUAAUUGAUGUGUACGGUGCGCGUUAUCUUAGAACGCCCACAUGGGACAACCUUCAAAAGAUCUACGAGGUACAUAAUGCUGAGCAUGGUUUGCCUGGUAUGAUCGGGAGCAUAGAUUGCAUGCAUUGGCGUUGGGAUAACUGCCCGACUGCAUGGCGAGGCCAACACACACGUGGUGACCAAAAAGGACCCACUAUUAUUCUUCAGGCGGUUGCUUCACAGGACCUUUGGGUUUGGUCGGCUUACUUUGGCGUUGUCGAGUUAUGCAAUGAUAUCAAUGUUUUUGAACAAUCUCCGUUGUUAGAAAAGUGGAUUUCUGGCAAAGCUCCAAAAGCGUCGUUUUACGCAAAUGGAAACUACUACCCUCAUGGAUAUUAUUUGAGUGACGGAAUUUAUCCUAGACGAAGGAAAGGCGAUAUGCCAGAAUUAUGUGCCAGAAGCCGUUCAAGAGGAGCAUCCAUAGGCGUCAAUGGAAGAAAGAGUGAAUAA